AUGCAACCAAUCACCCACUAUACUUCUCUGCUUCACACGCAGCGUCGCAAUACUUCGCAUCAACAGCGGUCUGCAGCAGACUCAUCGAACAGCCCCUUCGAUGCUCCCUCCAACAUUCCCGCAAAGCGACGUCAGCCACCAUCUUCCUCCUGUUUUGCGCAGCCACAGGCUUUAACUGGUACUGCCAGCGCUGUCGCAUCCCCAUCUAACACCGGCGUAACCACCUUCGCCAACAGGUCGUUCAAUAAAAAAGUCGCCUCUUCCAACGACGAUAGCAUUGCGGCCCGACUACAGCCCAAACUCUCACAGACCUCGUGGCGCAGACACAAGUCGUACCAGCAUGCCGAUCUCAACGGUCCAACGCGUCGCACUGUACUCGAAUGGCUACCCCGCGAGGUAGUCUUCAUGAUUCUGCAUCUCCUAUCAUUUCGCGACAUCCAGACCCUCUGCCGAGCCGACAAACGUCUGCGUCCUCUUAUCCAUUCCAAGUCGUUCUGUCCAUGGCGCAAGCUUCUGGCCUCUUUUCUGCAUCGUCAACGCCUCUACGACCAAGUCAUAGCGCUCGAGGAAGAGUCUCUCUUUGAUAGCUCCGAGAUCGACAGCAAUCACGAUCACCACCAAGACGACCCGCAUAAAACCCCGAACCAGGGCAGCUCUCAAUCGUCUAGCACCGACGGCAGCGCUAACCUCGGACAAGCGGCCACAGCGACAACGCCAGACCAGGCGCGCAUCGAACAGGAUUUCUUGCAGGCUUAUACAGAUCUCGUAAGCACCUUGCAGCUCAAGGCGGCCCCUCUUGACCUUCUCGAACUCGUUCCAUGCCUUACAAGACUCUGGCACGAACACGCUUGCUUUCCUGCCAUACGCAAAUGGUGCCGUGAUUUUGUCGUCGGUCGUGUCACGGCAGAAAAUAUCUUUGCUGACGUCGACAAUGCCGUCGCAAUCGAGGUACUUUGUAGCGUACGUCUUUAUCUCGCCGUCGUCCGCGUCUCUCGUGCCUUCUCACAGAAUCUGCCAUCCCUCCAAUCCGUCCGCAUCUUGGACUACGAUUGCUUCAUUGCCGUGACCACCUUUUACCAACCCGAUCGAACUUUGCCUGCCCCAGGCGCCGACCUCGCCUUCCAACUCACCCACGAGCAGCAUAGAUUCGUCUGCCGAGACGUGCGUCCUGGCGAGCUCGUCAAGGUACAGGCCUUUGCAGGCACGGGCAAGACAAGAUCGCUUCUCGCAUAUUCCCAGCGACGCCCACACAAGCGCUUCCUAUACAUCGCCUUUAACAAAGCUGCAGCCGAGGAGGCGCGGCGUCGCUUUCCCAGCAACGUCCAAUGCCGUACCAUGCACUCGGUGGCUCUCUGUCAAGUUGUGCGUACGGCUGGCCAGGAGAUUGGCGAUCUACGAGCACGCGAUGUGGUGCGUCUCCUUGGCGAGUCGCUUCCAGAGGGCCAGCUGGUGCGUGCGCAAGCCAUGUCGACACAGAGCGGACGCGACCACCGCCUAACCCCGACUGCUGUUGCCACUUAUGUGCUUACCACUCUUCAGCGCUUCUUCUACUCGGACGAUGCCACCGUCAUUCCCGAUCGCCACGUUCCCAACAAGGUCACCACCGACACUGAUCUCAAGGUGCGAGCGGUUGCGAGGUGCGCGCAAGAGCUGUGGGAUUCCAUUCGACAAGGCGCCCCAGAUCGCAACGGCAAGUCAGUCAAAUGCCCACACGAUGCCUACGUCAAGCUGCUCCAGCUGCAGCCUCCUCACCAUUCCGAGAACUUUUUCAAGGCGUUUGACGUCCUUUUGCUCGAUGAGGCACAGGACUUGUCCGCAGCGCAGGUCUCCAUCCUGCUCAGAGCAAAGAAGCACUGCGGCAUUCUCAUUGUCGGUGACAUAUUCCAAAAGAUCUACGGUUUCCGCGGCGGCACCGCCAAGGCCUUUGACGAGCGUCUCUACCCGUCUACGGCCCGCUUCCAGCUCACCAAGAGUUUCCGGUUUGGAAAUGCGAUUGCCAAAAUUGCGACCGAAAUGCUCGGCCUCCGCAAACCAGCUCCUUGGGAAAGAUCGUCAGCCAGGCCAGUGCUUACUGGUGCACUGGGAAUGGCGGAUCGCGUUUAUGCUGAUGCCAACGUCUUCCGCCAUCAACUUGUGCCACCAACACCUGCGGCAGAAUCAAGGCAGCCCACACAGCAGCGGAUCGGCGAUCCGAAUGAAGUAUCAACAGAGAUGCAGCCGACACCCGCCCUAGCCAAUGUUCUCCCAGAUCAGAUGGACGAGGGACGACGGGCUGUAGCUCUGCAGGCGGGAUUGGUUGGAAGCAUCGGUCACAGCGACGAAUUGAUCCGCCACACACGUAUUUUUCGUUCCAAUCGGAAGCUGUGCCUGACCGCUUUGGCAUUGUCGGCUUCACUUCCGCAACCACACAAGUUGUUUCUGAAAACGAGUCAGGCGCUGCAGCCGGAAGCCAUUGUCACGCUGCUUCGCGAUGCCCACAUCCUUUAUCACAAUGAUUCGAGAUCCAUGUCGCGUAACUCGCUGCUGCGCGAUUUUGCCAGCUGGAAGGACCUCGUGCAACGCGUCGAAGCAGAAGGUUCCGGCGAGAGCAAGCUGAGUCUGGCCGUAGCCCUCGGCGGCCUCUUGGCGAGCUCCGACUUUCUCGAGCAGGUGGCGCAGCUGGAAAUGCGCUUUGCAGACACCGAGCAGGACGCCACUGUGAUUCUGACCACUGUGCAUCAGGCAAAAGGUCUCGAGUGGGAUUAUGUUUGUGUCGAGGACGACUUUCGACCGGUCUUUGGAGCCGAAAAGUCGCAAAGGGUUGAAGUGGAAAGCUACUGGCAUCAGGACGAGCUGAAUCAUCUCUACGUAGCCUUGACACGAGCCAAGCGAAAGCUCGUCGUUUCGAGAGUGGUACUUCAGUGGGUAGCUGCGAUGCGCGGCUUGUACCGUUACAGGCUCCUCACGAGCAACAGCAACACAACCAUGGGUAAGAUGGGGCUGUGUCCCCACUGCCGUGCAUCCAAGCAUCCGUUUGUGGUCAAGGAAUAUCGAGUCGCCUGCUUCGACUUUUUGAACCCUCGAUGCAACGAUUACGCCGGUUCGUCACAGAACGGUGCUGCUGCAGCUGAAAAGACGAGCGCUUCCACAAACAAGGUCUCAACAUCCGCAGUUUCGUGGAGAGAUCCAGCGCCGUUGACACAUAGUCUCGGAUGCACCGGAUGCCUUUCCGAUCCCGCCUCUGCGAUUCAUGUGGAGUGCCUCGCGGAUCCGGAUCUAGCGCUUUUCGUCGCGACGGCGCCUAAAAUUACACGGCAGCGUCCACACGCUCCCAAACCGGAAGCCGACUCGACAGCAGCAGUGGUAGAAAAACGAAAGGCUAUAGCAGCGGUGCCACCUACAAGCUUUAAGCUGGAUCCCUCAAAACAUCCAUUCUUGCGGGCAGAUCAUCGGUCUAUGAAGUGGGCUAUCAUGCAUCACGAGUACAAGAGGACUGUCUAUGGCUGGUUCGAUGACAUGUAA